CGUGAUUAAACAUGUCACCUGACUCAUCCAUCACAAUUGGUGUGUCUGUAAAAUAAACCAGAAGUGUAUUUAUUGUUAUAAUUUUUGUAGGAUGUCUUGUUUGUGUCUAGUUUGGACUUUAUUUUUCGUGUUCACUUUUUUACAGACUGUGUUUAGCAGUGGUAUCGUAGAAAUCCGAUUAUUGAAAUUCAUAAAUUCUGGAGGCGUUGGUUCUAAUGGGCAUUGCUGUGAUGGAAGGGGACCGUUCUGCUUCAGUGACUGUGAUCAUAAGUUCAGAGUGUGCAUAGACAAUUCAGAUGGACCAGAAAAUAUUCACACGUGUCCAUACUACCAUAAAGAUUCAGGAGAGAUCCGGAACAGUAAUACUGUGACAUUCGGAUCGUCUAUAGCUGGCAUACGUAAUCCUAUCAAAAUUCUCUUUGACUCUUGGCCGGGAAAACUAAAACUGAAAGUAGAAGUGUGGGAUGUAGAUGACAAUAACAAUGAUCAUGUAGAUUUCCUUAGUGGGGUGUUUGGACUAAAGGCCGCCAGAUCUCAACUUGAGGCCCCGGUAGCAGCAUUCCAAAUAAGAAAAAGAACGCUGCUAACAUACAAUGUUAAGGUUUAUUGUGAUCAAUACUAUUUUGGAGAGUAUUGUGACAUAUUUUGUAAGCCGUCUGAUGGAGACUUUGGGCAUUAUACAUGCGAUUCGACAACGGGAAUGCAGAUAUGUGAUCCAGGUUGGAGUGGCCAGUUUUGUGAUGAAAGCAAUAUAGACGAAUGUCGGACGUCACCUUGUAAUGGAACUCAGAAAUGUAUAAAUACUCUUAGUGGUUAUGAGUGCAUAUGUCCCGAUGGUUUUACAGGAUAUAACUGUGAUGAAUCUAUUAAUGCGACAUGUGCCCCUGACACAUGCAUGAAUGGAGGGACGUGUAAUAUAGUUCGGGGUUACGUUGUUUGUGAUUGCUCCCAUGGAUUUAUUGGUUUGACUUGUAACAUGGAAUUCGAUCUCUGUGCCGAUAUAAGCUGUCACAAUGGCGGAACAUGCGUGAUAACUCAUGCUGAUUACGAAUGUGUUUGUCCUUCAAGAUUCACGGGAGAAUAUUGUGAACAUAAAUUUGAGUCAAAGAUCCUACGACUUUUAUCAAAACCCUUUACAAAUGCAACCAUUGAAUCUGCUGCCUCUGUGCUUAAUUCCUCUGAAUUGAUACCUAUAGAAGAAACUGCUAUAAAUGCAACCAAUCAUACGGUUGACACUGUAAAAAAUAUAACAAAUAUUAUAGAAACAACAGAAACAACAACACCUUUAUCCAGUACGACUGUGACAAUAACCUCAACCGUCACACAAAACAUAGAAACAACAACUGAGACAAUUACCAACCCGUUCCUUACUGUGAGGGGAAGGGUAGAUAGAAACAAUAGAGAAAACGUCGGGAAAGGAAUAAGAAGUUUAUUGUAUGAUUUAAUAAAAGUAGAAGAACAACUAUAUUUGACCAUUCAGUACAAAGUGAAAACAACAUCGGUUGGGGACAUAGUCAGUGAAAUAAUAAUAAUGUCAGCCAAAGAUGGACAUCAUACAGUAAACAAUUCACUUAUACAACAUGUAUUUGACGAUACACCACAAGAAGUCAUUGAAAGUCAUAUACAUAUGCCAAUAGUACGAGAGAAAUCUUCAAUUGAGCACUUGCACGAAGUUGAUCCACAUAAAAACAGUUUUAUGCAUGUAUACUGGUACGUUGUGGUCAUACUAGUGUUGGUUGUUUGUUGUUUGAUUAUAGCUGUUGGAAUAUUUAUAUGCUUCAAACAUAAAAAAUUAUCAGAACCUAAUAAUAAAGAAGAAGUACCAAAUCAAAAUCCAAGUAUAAGUCAACCAACGUCGUCAUCACAGUCGUUUGAGAAUUCACUGUAUUUUGAAGUGAAGAAAAACAAUACGCCACAGAGUCAUACAAACCAAGCUUAUUCGUCAGUGCCAUAGAAAGAUUGAAUUAUAGUGCUUACAUACGAUAAUUGUUUGUUGAGUUAGUAAAUCGAUAUGAAUACGAUGCCUGUUAUUGCCAAUUUUGUAUUCCAUAGAAUAUCUUGAAAGUCAAUGGUUUUAAUAUAAUAAUGAUUUCAAAAUAAUCUAGAUGUAGACGACUGGUGUUAAAGCUGUUGCCCUUUCAGGACUUUGUGCGAUGCCCUUUUUAAUUAAAUAAGGAAUUAUAAGGAAAUCAAAUGAUAUUCAUCUUGGUUUAAAAAAUUAAAUAAAUCCGUCAGAAAUUUACAAUCGCAUAUUAUACAAAAUAACAGUUUGAUAUCUCAAAUAUAAAUGUUAUUUAUCUUCGAUUUUAAAGCAUGCUUUUUAGCCAAUGUAUAACAAACUAUAACACUUUAAACCACUAGAGUUUAAGAACACAGGGAACAUCCCUACCUUGAUGUUAGAUUAUUUUAAAUCCUCAAUACAUAUCAGAUUUAAUUUAAACAAUAAGCUGAAACAAACCUUUGUUUUAUUCUUUAUUGUUUAAUUGCUUAUCUGUUCUUUUUUUAUCGUCUGAUUUCGGGUCCGCAAUGCUCUUAAACAUUGUUCUUUUUUGGCUUUAUAACUAUUUUAUUCUGAGCGUCACUAAAGAGUCUGAUGUAGACGACACGUGCGUCUGGCGUAUUACAUUAUAAUCAUUGUAACCAAUUAUCUUUGAUAACUAAUUAAGGUAAUAGAAACACUCCUGAAGUUACAAUCUGUCUAACACAUUUUCUGCAAAUAGUGUUCAUAGUGGUAAUAAUCAGUUUUUUUAAACGUUGUUUGUGGUUUUUUUUUUAUCUUCGUUGUGCGGAAUGAAUGGAAUAUUUUAAACGUAGCAGACUGUUGAUGAUAUCAGCAUUUUACUAGUUUGUAUCCAUACUUGUCGACAUUUGAAAUAUCAAAACUAUUUGAAGGUAUAUGUUUCAAUUUUACUGCAUGUUGCUGCCUCCUGUAUGUCCUUCUUCUAAUUCUUUUGCAAAAAAGAAAACAGAUAGGCCACGUUUGUAAAGUUAGCAGACAUUUUGUUCUUGUACCAUCCAGACAUAUCAAAGUAGAUUUCCGUCAUUUUU